CUCUUCUUUUCUCUGCUUACAGGGAAACAGCUGGAUGGCAUCUGGCACACCUCCAUUAUAGUCCAUAAGGAUGAGUUCUUCUAUGGCAGUGGGGGAAUCUCCAGCUGUGCACCUGGGGGGACACUGCUUGGCCCCCCAGACUCAGUUGUUGACCUGGGGAACACUGAAGUCACAGAGGAAAUUUUCCUGGAAUAUCUUUCCUCGCUGGGAGAAUCUAUGUUCCGAGGAGAGUCUUAUAACCUCUUUGAGCAUAACUGCAACACCUUCAGUAAUGAAGUGGCACAGUUCCUGACAGGAAGAAAGAUCCCUUCCUACAUCACUGAUCUUCCAGCUGAAGUGCUUGCCACACCUUUUGGACAAGCUUUAAGGCCCCUCCUGGACUCCAUCCAGAUCCAGCCACCUGGUGGAAAUACCUUCAGCAGACAUAACGGACAGAGCUAACAGGAGUGACCCGGUGUGCCCAGCCUCACCAGGCCUCUUCCUUUUUAAUCAUGAAAUACCAGAUUUCUAUUUUAUAAUUUCCCAUCAGAAUUAACUCUAUGGAAAUGACAAGAUAAGUUUUCAAAUUUCCUAGGGAGAGGAUUUAUCAGGGUGCAUGUAAGAAAAUGCUACCAAAAAGAUUGCCAUAAUUUCUAAUAGUAUUAUACUAACUUAUAAAGGCUGUCUUGCCUGAGUAGGCUGUCACUUUUGAAAUAACUCCCAUGCCAAUAAAGUGGGGGUUCAUUCCAUGAACACUCAAGGGCCCAUUAUACAAUUUGGGGUAAAUAAAGGGAUGUUCUAGCCAUCCCUUGCCAGGCUCACAUCUCUUUCUGUUGUCACUGCCUAUAUUAUGGGGGUAUUUGCUGAUGUCUGUAGCAGAACGACAAAGAAAGUGUUUGUAGCCUAGAAAGUGAAGGUCUCCCAGGGUUAGCCUUCUGUGUAUUUCAUUGACAUUGUGUUAUUUGCUCAGGGGAAAAGCUGAACUCAUCUGAUUAGAAUAUUUGAAAUGGCAGAGCUAUGUGGGAAAGAUGGCCUGGUUGAACUAAGUGUCACUCUCAAAAUUGCAACUUUCAAUGGGUUUAAGUGUGUGCGGGAGGGAGGCUGCAUCUGAGAAUUACCAAGAGCCUCCUCAUGCUAGAUCCAUGAGGAGGCAAGAAUUAUGAGAACUAGCUGAAAGAACAGGAUCGCGUGAGCAGAAGUGGAGGAAGCACGUUUCAAGUGAGAGCAAAAUGCAGUGAAAUGUUUCCUCACUCUCAAGCAAGCUUACUAGCAAACGUGCAGAACCUUGUUAACUAUCUACCUUCACACAAGAGCUGGUUUUGCUCACUAUGCCAGAGUGGCAAUAUAGUAAGGCAGGAACAGCACUGCAGCUAUAUAGUAAUACAGGGUAGGCCAAUUCUGCCUUCAGUAUCCAGUUGCAGCCACAGUGGGAGUUCCAACUUUCUCAGAUGUCACUGUCCUUUCCAAAGCAGUCAAGUAUGUCACAGAGAGAACUGUGAUUAAGCAUAGGAGAAAUAGGGAAUAGGUCUCCCCAAAUUUAAAGAAAAUGCGCAAGACUAAAAUUAAGCUUUUCUGUGGAAAAAUCACAUUUAUCAAGAUUCAUACAGAAGCAGUUUUAUCCUCAGAUUGACACUAGAUUGCGUCAAUGCUGCAUCAUCUGAUUUAAGGUUCUUAUAGUUUCACUAUUAUUUGCAGUGGGAAAAGAUUAAGGAAUGGAAAGAACAGGCACAUUCACGUCUUUUCAUGCAUAUGUACACACUUUUCCUGGACAACUCUGUAGCAAUUACAUUUAGGAAGGCACACAAGAAAGAGUCAUCGGACAACUGGAACUUUCCCCAAACCUGAAAGUGCUGCUGAUUCCCCAGAAAGGGGGAUUGUGCAUCCUGGAUGCUGCUGAUAAAGCAUCUAUGCAAGUGUAUAGCCCUGUGUCCAGUGCUUUGUUGUGAAAAGAACUGCAGCAACUUCAGUCCUGCAUCUUAAACUUCCUGCACUGGAAACCUCCGGCAUACCUAAAGUAGAUGUCUUUUCUCUGAUGGGCUCUUUUUCCCAAAAUAAUACGUUAGUAACUUUCUCCUGCUGUUAUUCAGUGAGGUCUGUAAUGGUUCAUAUUUUUGUGGGGAUGGAACAGAGGAAAACUACAGUUUAUUCAAGCUGCAUCAUAUAGUCUUUUGCCCUGCACCUUGUGGAGUCACUACAUAUGUGAAAAUAAGGUACUAUCAGUGCAUUCUGCAGUUGUGUGUGUACCUGCUCUCAGUGCACAGCAGUGGUCUUUGCAGCCCAGAAUGUUUUUCUCCUUCUGUCAUUCUCGGCUUGUGCCAUCAACUUUUCCUUAAGUAUUUCAUUUGAUGUGUUGGACUCUGAGACAACUGUAACAGUUAGUACGGAUCCUGGUUUAUACAAAAGCUCUCAAUCGUUCUCCUCUUUUCCCCACUAAAUGCAUUUCAAAAAAAAAAAACCAAAAA